GAGGGGUCGAGACUCUGUUUUUUAAGAAGCGGGUGGAUUACAGUGUUCUUAAAGUAAGCAGGGACCUGACCAGAAACCAGAGAAGCAUUAAUUAUAGAGACCGAUGGACUGAAAAGCACUUUUAAACAAAGACGAGGGUAAGAUGUGGAGGGGGCAUGCAGAGGUCUUCAUAGAGUUAACUAGUUUGGUUAACUCAGGCAAAGAAACAGGAGCAAAGCUAGGAUGAUGGGUCUGGUUGGAGUCGGGAGAGGCAGUGAUAAGGCUGAAGGAGAGAUGCUAGAUCUAACCUUAUUGACUUUGUCCACAAAGAAAGACAGAAAGUUCUCACAGUCUGCAACAGAGUGGAUGGAGGCUGUAGGAGAGGCAGGAGAGACGAUGCUGCUGAUGGUCUUAAACAGCACCUUGGGGUUCCCUUUGCUCUGGGACACCAGGUGUGUGUGUGUGUGUGUGUGUGUGUGUGUGUGUGUGUGUGUGUGUGUGUGUGAGUGUGUGUGUGUGUGUGUGUGUGUGUGCGCGUGCGUGCGUGUGUGUGUGUAUUGAACUGGCAGCUGUGUCAUCAGCAAACAACAGAUUAGAUGAACAUUUGAAGGCAUGUCUAUUAUUUUUAACGUGGCUUUUGAAAAGCUAAUAUUAGCUUUCUCACAAGGACAUAUUUACCUCUGCUCAGAAAACCACAUCAGUUGCUUUGCUUUAGCUUUCAGUCAAACGAAGGCCGCUGUUGUCUGCAGCCUCCGCGACUUUUCAGCCAAUCGUAGUUGAGCCCAUCUAGCCAAUCAGAGGCGAGAAAGGCGGGACCUUCCUUGGUCACCCUAGAAUUCCAAGAGACGCUCACCGGCUACGCGGUGUAAACACAGAAGCUUAUGGUUUUCUUCCAUUUUUUCCAUCUGUAUGUAAUGCUAAUCGUAGGGUUUGAGGCUUGGAAUUAAACUAGCUAAGCGAUGCGACAAAAGGGCUAACAAACAAAGUCACAUUCUGCUGCUUCUACAUCUCGUCUCCCACUGAUGAGAUGUUCAGCGCCCUGGCGGAGGAGGUCAAGAGGGAAGGUUUGGACUUUGAGGACUCUGAUGUCUCAGAGGUAGACCCAGAAGACUUGUUGAAGAGCUUGAAAAACAUUGAUGAUAUGGAGGCCAACCUGUUGAAUGCGGGCGCAGCUCCUGCUCAAACAAAGACGCUCGCAACUGAACGUCUAAAAAAGGAUUUUUCUGUCUUAGAAGCUCACAACAAUUCAGAUGGAACAGAUGAAGCGAAACGAGGAACAAAGAAGCCAAGCCUUAACUCUUCAUUCGCAGGCCGUAGCUUCAAGAAGUUCUCCUUUGAUAAUGAUGAAGAUGAUGGUGAACCUCUCGGUCAGACAUCUGACAUCAAAGGUACACUAGUGAGUCUCGACAAUCCCCUGGAUGAUGUGCUUGAUGACUUACUUCCAGGUGAAUCCCAGCCCGAAUCAAAACCUCGACUGUCCAAAGCAGAAAAAUCUCUUCCAUCUGCAUUAGCAUCCCCAAACCUGAAGAACAGAACAACAAAGACUUCCAAAAACGACGUGUUCUCUUUUACCGACGAUGACAACGGCAACCUCAUAGAUGAUCUCGGGUUAAACAGAGACAAAAACAAGAAGAAAGAAGCUUCAUUUUGGUCUUCUAAAGAGAAGAGCAAUGACUCUCAGAGACCUCGUACAAGAAUUGAUGAUAUUCUCGAGGGUUUUACCUCAUCGCAUCUUCUAGAUCGACCCCCCACAGGUGAGAGGAAUGACCAGAUUCAGUCCCAAGAGAAGCAGCAACAAGAGAAGAACUCUACAGUUAGAGAUUUAGAUGGUGACUUCACGUUUGGUUCCUAUCAGCCCACAGUGGGGUCCACCCCUGAGGGCCGGCAGUCCCGCCGACAGUCCGUUAAGUUUUCCACGGAGGAUGUUAGCAUCUCCACCCCAGAGAAGAAACCAAAACCCACCAUCCGACACCGCAACUCCUCUGACUGGCUCGGCCUCAAGACGGAUAGCGAGUCUGAUCGCUUAGGAGAUGGUCCCAAAGAGGUGAAAGCUUCUGUGCUCUCCCCAAAAGGCCCCUUCUCUCCCAUAUCAGACAGAAAGCUCUCCGUAACCGGAGGUCAAGCCACAUUCCUCACCAAAACAGCAACAGGUGCUGAUGUUGAGACUAAGCAGAACAAAUCAGAGGCCGCUAAAGGUCAGAGGAAAGGUGAGGAAGAGGAGGACGACUGGUUGGCUGGAGCGCUGACCAGGAGGAAGGCUCUGUCUGCAUCCAACAACGAAACUAAAACUUCCACGCAGCAGGACUUCGUAGGAGUGGAUCCAGCUGUUAGAAACCAAAUCACACCUCAAACUUCCAGAGGCAUAGAAGACACGCUCCCAUCCAUCCGGGACACCAGCCCUGCAGCUCAUUCCACUCCUGUCAGAGAGGAGAAGCCCAAUCAAGAUCCACAGCAAACGCAGCGCACAUCAACGGCUGUCCAGCAACAGGUGUCCAUCACAGCUGAUCUGCAGCCGCAGAAUCCACUGCUGGGUUUAGGAAGUGUUGCUAUCUCAGAAGUCCUGCAGAAACAACAUGGAGAUGAACCUUUACAAGCCCGGGUCAUCCAGUUGGAGGGCCAGGUGAAGGUUCUCCAGCUGGAGCGAGACCAAAGCCGGAUGAUGCUAGAGAACAUGCAGCAGAGGCAUAAACAGGAUCUGGAGCUCCUGGAGAGUGCACACAAGACUCGUGUGAAGCUGUUGGAGGAGUCUGCGGCACAGAGGGAGACCCGAGCACGGCUCGAAUGCGAGGAGCUGAUGGAGCGGCUGGCCUCGCUGACGCGAUCCGCUGAACAGGAGCGCUCCGAUCUGCUGGCUCAGUACCAUCGAAAGCUGGCCCAAGCGCAGCAGGACCGAGACCGCGAGGUGGACAGACUCCGAGACCUCCAAAGGAAAUCUAUCCUGGAGAUGAAGAAAGACCACGAGGACCAGCUGCAGAGGCUAAAGAGACUAAAGGACGAGGAGAUCGACGCUGUGACAAGUGCAACAUCUCAAACCAGAUCUCUGACAGGAGUGAUAGAGCAGAUGGAGCAGUUCUCCUCCCGCCUUGGAGAGCUCUCGUCUCGAGUGGAGAGCUCACACGAGCACACGGCUCAGGGCCUGGAGCAGGGGGCGCGGCACAGAGACGAGCAGCUCCGAAGUACCUCAAACAAACACACACACACGCGCACACACACACACACAGUAGAAAUAGGUCAAAUACAAGCUAAGCACAUCUUUAAAAUGUGUCUACUAGCAAUGCAGGACCGCCUGACCCAGCAGCAGAAAGCCACGGCAGAGGAGAGAACUUACCUGAAGGACAUCAUCUCCAGGAUGGACGCCCAGCUCAGCGAGCAGCAGCGGCAGCUGGAGAAGGAACGCUGGAAGGCGACAGCAGAGCAGGCCAAAGCGGAGUCCAUCCAGAGGGGCUUGGAGGAAGAGCGGCGCGUCCUCACCCUGCAGAUCAGCAUGGAACGAGAGGAGCUGGAGAGAGCAAAGUGCGCGCUGCUGGAGGAGCAGAAGACUGUGAUGCAGCACUGUGCAGAGGAGAGAAGGAAGCUGGCAGCCGAGUGGACCCACUUCCACACUCAGGAGAAGCAGAGGCACGAGAGAGCUGAACGAGAGGUCAACAGCCUCCUGGAGAGGAGGGAGGGCUCCAUCAUCAGCCUGGCACAAGAACAAGCUGAACUGAAGCUUCGAAUGGCAGAGCUGAAACUGAAGGAGGCAGCUGUGUCGCAAGAGAAGGAAGCUCUGGACCGACUCAGAGAAGACCUGGACAGAGACAAGGAGAGGAUAAGCAACACGGCUCUGAGGCUGAAAACGCGCGCCCAGGAGGUGGAAGCCUUUGGCAAGCUCGCCUCGGAGAAGCAGGAGGAGGGGGAACGAGCGCUGCGGGAGGCGAGACGCUCAGAGGCAGAACACGAAGCACGGCUCCAAAAUAUUCACUCUCAAACAGCGAGCCUGAGGCUGCUGGAGCAACGUGUCCUAAAGGAACGAAUGCGGUCACAUCAUCUACAGGGAGACGAGACGAGACAAAUGCUGUCCACCUCACCCUCAGCUCAGAAUAUUCCACCAGUUUUACCAGAUUCAGUGUUUCUACCCAUCCCUGAGCUGUCAACAUCCCAGAAUAUUCUUCCACAGAGUAGCUACAGGUCACUGGCGCUGGAAACCAGUCUGGCUCUGUGGAAGUACACAGGAGAUAAGGAUAAAGACUUCCUUGAAGAGCAGCAGAUCUUUCUAGAAAACCUCAAGAAGAUGAAUCACAAACUGAAAACCGCCUGAUAGCUCUCAAAACUCUUUCAGUAUGAAUACCUGAACGUUUAUAUUUUAAUAAAAUUGAUUCUCAUUCUGAAA